AUGGGAUCCGGCGUAGUAGCCGAGUCACACCCCCUGCCCCCUCAUGCCAUCCGCUCCCCCCGCCCCUACCCUCCGCGUGCCCCGCUCCCUCGCCGCCUCUUUGACCCUCCCUGCCCCCCUCGCCGUUACCCACCGCUCGCCAUUCGCUCCUCCCCGCCCGUGCCCUCCCCUCGUUUACCUUCGCCUCCCCCCUCCCCUCCUCUGCUGCACGCCUCUUCCUUCCCCUCGCUAACCACUCCACUCCCUGCCCCUCCUCAAUCCGCACCCUGCCCCUCGUUUCUCGCCCCCCUACGCUUGGUUUCUCCCCUCCCUGCCCCUCGCCGCCUUUCUCCGCUCCCCACCUCCCCCCUCUCCCUGCCCCCCCACUCUCCUCCACUUGCCCUUGGCUUCCCACCUCCCUGCCCCACCUUUCCCCCCUCCGUGUGCUCAGCUUCUCCCUCCCUGCCUCUCCCUCCUCCCCGCCCUGCCCCUCAUUUUCCGCCCCCCCACGCCCGGUUUUCUCCCCUCCCUGCACCUCCCUUUCUUUCUCCGUGCCUCUCCUUUGCUCCCUCCCUGCCCCCGCCUGCCCAUGCCCCUGUCUUUGGUUUCUCCCCUCCCUGCCCCACGUUUCUUCCCUCCCUGAGAUCACCUUGUACCCCCUCUGCCCCUCCCUUGUUCUCCCCGCACCCAUUGCUUCUCCCCUCCCUGCCCUUGAUUUCCCGCACCCCUGCCCUUGUUUCCUACCAUCCAUGCCCCUCGUUUCCCCUCUUUGUACGUUCACCCUCUUCCCUCCCUGCCCCUCCCUUCCUCCCCCCCUGCCCUUUGCUUUCCCCUCGUUACGCUCCCUUCUCCCCAUCCCUGCUGCCCUCUUACCACCAUCAGCCCUCACACCCCCUGCCCCCUCAUGCCAUCCGCUCCCCCCGCCCCUACCCUCCGCGUGCCCGCUCCCUCGCCGCCUCUUUUGACCCUCCCUGCCCCCCUCGCCGUUACCCACCGCUCGCCAUUCGCUCCUCCCCGCCCGUGCCCUCCCCUCGUUUACCUUCGCCUCCCCCCUCCCCUCCUCUGCUGCACGCCUCUUCCUUCCCCUCGCUAACCCACUCCACUCCCUGCCCCUCCUCAAUCCGCACCCUGCCCCUCGUUUCUCGCCCCCCUAUGCUUGGUUUCUCCCCCCCUGCCCUUUGCUUUCCCCUCGUUACGCUCCCUUCUCCCCAUCCCUGCUGCCCUCUUACCACCAUCAGCCCCCCCUGCCCGUUGCUGCCCCUCCCCUUGCCCCCUCAACUCCCCUGCCCCCCGUACACCCCACUCCCGUCCAACCGCCCCCACCCUCCCCCGGCUGCCCGUUUCCGCUCUCCACCCCCGCGACCGUGUGCGGCUUCCAACCGCCCAACGGUGUCACACCCCCUGCCCCCUCAUGCCAUCCGCUCCCCCCGCCCCUACCCUCCGCGUGCCCGCUCCCUCGCCGCCUCUUUUGACCCUCCCUGCCCCCCUCGCCGUUACCCACCGCUCGCCAUUCGCUCCUCCCCGCCCGUGCCCUCCCCUCGUUUACCUUCGCCUCCCCCCUCCCCUCCUCUGCUGCACGCCUCUUCCUUCCCCUCGCUAACCCACUCCACUCCCUGCCCCUCCUCAAUCCGCACCCUGCCCCUCGUUUCUCGCCCCCCUACGCUUGGUUUCUCCCCUCCCUGCCCCUCGCCGCCUUUCUCCGCUCCCCACCUCCCCCCUCUCCCUGCCCCCCCACUCUCCUCCACUUGCCCUUGGCUUCCCACCUCCCUGCCCCACCUUUCCCCCCUCCGUGUGCUCAGCUUCUCCCCUCCCUGCCUCUCCCUCCUCCCCGCCCUGCCCCUCAUUUUCCGCCCCCCCACGCCCGGUUUCUCCCCUCCCUGCACCUCCCUUUCUUUCUCCGUGCCUCUCCUUUGCUCCCUCCCUGCCCCCGCCUGCCCAUGCCCCUGUCUUUGGUUUCUCCCCUCCCUGCCCCACGUUUCUUCCCUCCCUGAGAUCACCUUGUACCCCCUCUGCCCCUCCCUUGUUCUCCCCGCACCCAUUGCUUCUCCCCUCCCUGCCCUUGAUUUCCCGCACCCCUGCCCUUGUUUCCUACCAUCCAUGCCCCUCGUUUCCCCUCUUUGUACGUUCACCCUCUUCCCUCCCUGCCCCUCCCUUCCUCCCCCCCUGCCCUUUGCUUUCCCCUCCCCCUGCCCGUUGCUGCCCCUCCCCUUGCCCCCUCAACUCCCCUGCCCCCCGUACACCCCACUCCCGUCCAACCGCCCCCACCCUCCCCCGGCUGCCCGUUUCCGCUCUCCACCCCCGCGACCGUGUGCGGCUUCCAACCGCCCAACGGUGUCACACCCCCUGCCCCCUCAUGCCAUCCGCUCCCCCCGCCCCUACCCUCCGCGUGCCCGCUCCCUCGCCGCCUCUUUUGACCCUCCCUGCCCCCCUCGCCGUUACCCACCGCUCGCCAUUCGCUCCUCCCCGCCCGUGCCCUCCCCUCGUUUACCUUCGCCUCCCCCCUCCCCUCCUCUGCUGCACGCCUCUUCCUUCCCCUCGCUAACCCACUCCACUCCCUGCCCCUCCUCAAUCCGCACCCUGCCCCUCGUUUCUCGCCCCCCUACGCUUGGUUUCUCCCCUCCCUGCCCCUCGCCGCCUUUCUCCGCUCCCCACCUCCCCCCUCUCCCUGCCCCCCCACUCUCCUCCACUUGCCCUUGGCUUCCCACCUCCCUGCCCCACCUUUCCCCCCUCCGUGUGCUCAGCUUCUCCCCUCCCUGCCUCUCCCUCCUCCCCGCCCUGCCCCUCAUUUUCCGCCCCCCCACGCCCGGUUUCUCCCCUCCCUGCACCUCCCUUUCUUUCUCCGUGCCUCUCCUUUGCUCCCUCCCUGCCCCCGCCUGCCCAUGCCCCUGUCUUUGGUUUCUCCCCUCCCUGCCCCACGUUUCUUCCCUCCCUGAGAUCACCUUGUACCCCCUCUGCCCCUCCCUUGUUCUCCCCGCACCCAUUGCUUCUCCCCUCCCUGCCCUUGAUUUCCCGCACCCCUGCCCUUGUUUCCUACCAUCCAUGCCCCUCGUUUCCCCUCUUUGUACGUUCACCCUCUUCCCUCCCUGCCCCUCCCUUCCUCCCCCCCUGCCCUUUGCUUUCCCCUCGUUACGCUCCCUUCUCCCCAUCCCUGCUGCCCUCUUACCACCAUCAGCCCGUCCCCACCACCAGCCCCCCUCCCACCCUUCUCCCCCCCCCCCCUCUCCCUCUCUCUCUCUCUCUCUCUCUCUCUUUCUCUCGCACACACACACACACACACACUCCCCUCCCCCACCCCCCACCCACAUCCUCCCGUUCUGCCCCUCCCUGCCCCUGUUCCACCCCCUCGCACGCCCCUCACCUCUCACCUCCGUUCAACUGGAUUCCCCCCCUCUGUCACACCCCCUGCCCCCUCAUGCCAUCCGCUCCCCCCGCCCCUACCCUCCGCGUGCCCGCUCCCUCGCCGCCUCUUUUGACCCUCCCUGCCCCCCUCGCCGUUACCCACCGCUCGCCAUUCGCUCCUCCCCGCCCGUGCCCUCCCCUCGUUUACCUUCGCCUCCCCCCUCCCCUCCUCUGCUGCACGCCUCUUCCUUCCCCUCGCUAACCCACUCCACUCCCUGCCCCUCCUCAAUCCGCACCCUGCCCCUCGUUUCUCGCCCCCCUAUGCUUGGUUUCUCCCCCCCUGCCCUUUGCUUUCCCCUCGUUACGCUCCCUUCUCCCCAUCCCUGCUGCCCUCUUACCACCAUCAGCCCCCCCUGCCCGUUGCUGCCCCUCCCCUUGCCCCCUCAACUCCCCUGCCCCCCGUACACCCCACUCCCGUCCAACCGCCCCCACCCUCCCCCGGCUGCCCGUUUCCGCUCUCCACCCCCGCGACCGUGUGCGGCUUCCAACCGCCCAACGGUGUCACACCCCCUGCCCCCUCAUGCCAUCCGCUCCCCCCGCCCCUACCCUCCGCGUGCCCGCUCCCUCGCCGCCUCUUUUGACCCUCCCUGCCCCCCUCGCCGUUACCCACCGCUCGCCAUUCGCUCCUCCCCGCCCGUGCCCUCCCCUCGUUUACCUUCGCCUCCCCCCUCCCCUCCUCUGCUGCACGCCUCUUCCUUCCCCUCGCUAACCCACUCCACUCCCUGCCCCUCCUCAAUCCGCACCCUGCCCCUCGUUUCUCGCCCCCCUACGCUUGGUUUCUCCCCUCCCUGCCCCUCGCCGCCUUUCUCCGCUCCCCACCUCCCCCCUCUCCCUGCCCCCCCACUCUCCUCCACUUGCCCUUGGCUUCCCACCUCCCUGCCCCACCUUUCCCCCCUCCGUGUGCUCAGCUUCUCCCCUCCCUGCCUCUCCCUCCUCCCCGCCCUGCCCCUCAUUUUCCGCCCCCCCACGCCCGGUUUCUCCCCUCCCUGCACCUCCCUUUCUUUCUCCGUGCCUCUCCUUUGCUCCCUCCCUGCCCCCGCCUGCCCAUGCCCCUGUCUUUGGUUUCUCCCCUCCCUGCCCCACGUUUCUUCCCUCCCUGAGAUCACCUUGUACCCCCUCUGCCCCUCCCUUGUUCUCCCCGCACCCAUUGCUUCUCCCCUCCCUGCCCUUGAUUUCCCGCACCCCUGCCCUUGUUUCCUACCAUCCAUGCCCCUCGUUUCCCCUCUUUGUACGUUCACCCUCUUCCCUCCCUGCCCCUCCCUUCCUCCCCCCCUGCCCUUUGCUUUCCCCUCCCCCUGCCCGUUGCUGCCCCUCCCCUUGCCCCCUCAACUCCCCUGCCCCCCGUACACCCCACUCCCGUCCAACCGCCCCCACCCUCCCCCGGCUGCCCGUUUCCGCUCUCCACCCCCGCGACCGUGUGCGGCUUCCAACCGCCCAACGGUGUCACACCCCCUGCCCCCUCAUGCCAUCCGCUCCCCCCGCCCCUACCCUCCGCGUGCCCGCUCCCUCGCCGCCUCUUUUGACCCUCCCUGCCCCCCUCGCCGUUACCCACCGCUCGCCAUUCGCUCCUCCCCGCCCGUGCCCUCCCCUCGUUUACCUUCGCCUCCCCCCUCCCCUCCUCUGCUGCACGCCUCUUCCUUCCCCUCGCUAACCCACUCCACUCCCUGCCCCUCCUCAAUCCGCACCCUGCCCCUCGUUUCUCGCCCCCCUACGCUUGGUUUCUCCCCUCCCUGCCCCUCGCCGCCUUUCUCCGCUCCCCACCUCCCCCCUCUCCCUGCCCCCCCACUCUCCUCCACUUGCCCUUGGCUUCCCACCUCCCUGCCCCACCUUUCCCCCCUCCGUGUGCUCAGCUUCUCCCCUCCCUGCCUCUCCCUCCUCCCCGCCCUGCCCCUCAUUUUCCGCCCCCCCACGCCCGGUUUCUCCCCUCCCUGCACCUCCCUUUCUUUCUCCGUGCCUCUCCUUUGCUCCCUCCCUGCCCCCGCCUGCCCAUGCCCCUGUCUUUGGUUUCUCCCCUCCCUGCCCCACGUUUCUUCCCUCCCUGAGAUCACCUUGUACCCCCUCUGCCCCUCCCUUGUUCUCCCCGCACCCAUUGCUUCUCCCCUCCCUGCCCUUGAUUUCCCGCACCCCUGCCCUUGUUUCCUACCAUCCAUGCCCCUCGUUUCCCCUCUUUGUACGUUCACCCUCUUCCCUCCCUGCCCCUCCCUUCCUCCCCCCCUGCCCUUUGCUUUCCCCUCCCCCUGCCCGUUGCUGCCCCUCCCCUUGCCCCCUCAACUCCCCUGCCCCCCGUACACCCCACUCCCGUCCAACCGCCCCCACCCUCCCCCGGCUGCCCGUUUCCGCUCUCCACCCCCGCGACCGUGUGCGGCUUCCAACCGCCCAACGGUGUCACACCCCCUGCCCCCUCAUGCCAUCCGCUCCCCCCGCCCCUACCCUCCGCGUGCCCGCUCCCUCGCCGCCUCUUUUGACCCUCCCUGCCCCCCUCGCCGUUACCCACCGCUCGCCAUUCGCUCCUCCCCGCCCGUGCCCUCCCCUCGUUUACCUUCGCCUCCCCCCUCCCCUCCUCUGCUGCACGCCUCUUCCUUCCCCUCGCUAACCCACUCCACUCCCUGCCCCUCCUCAAUCCGCACCCUGCCCCUCGUUUCUCGCCCCCCUACGCUUGGUUUCUCCCCUCCCUGCCCCUCGCCGCCUUUCUCCGCUCCCCACCUCCCCCCUCUCCCUGCCCCCCCACUCUCCUCCACUUGCCCUUGGCUUCCCACCUCCCUGCCCCACCUUUCCCCCCUCCGUGUGCUCAGCUUCUCCCCUCCCUGCCUCUCCCUCCUCCCCGCCCUGCCCCUCAUUUUCCGCCCCCCCACGCCCGGUUUCUCCCCUCCCUGCACCUCCCUUUCUUUCUCCGUGCCUCUCCUUUGCUCCCUCCCUGCCCCCGCCUGCCCAUGCCCCUGUCUUUGGUUUCUCCCCUCCCUGCCCCACGUUUCUUCCCUCCCUGAGAUCACCUUGUACCCCCUCUGCCCCUCCCUUGUUCUCCCCGCACCCAUUGCUUCUCCCCUCCCUGCCCUUGAUUUCCCGCACCCCUGCCCUUGUUUCCUACCAUCCAUGCCCCUCGUUUCCCCUCUUUGUACGUUCACCCUCUUCCCUCCCUGCCCCUCCCUUCCUCCCCCCCUGCCCUUUGCUUUCCCCUCCCCCUGCCCGUUGCUGCCCCUCCCCUUGCCCCCUCAACUCCCCUGCCCCCCGUACACCCCACUCCCGUCCAACCGCCCCCACCCUCCCCCGGCUGCCCGUUUCCGCUCUCCACCCCCGCGACCGUGUGCGGCUUCCAACCGCCCAACGGUGUCACACCCCCUGCCCCCUCAUGCCAUCCGCUCCCCCCGCCCCUACCCUCCGCGUGCCCGCUCCCUCGCCGCCUCUUUUGACCCUCCCUGCCCCCCUCGCCGUUACCCACCGCUCGCCAUUCGCUCCUCCCCGCCCGUGCCCUCCCCUCGUUUACCUUCGCCUCCCCCCUCCCCUCCUCUGCUGCACGCCUCUUCCUUCCCCUCGCUAACCCACUCCACUCCCUGCCCCUCCUCAAUCCGCACCCUGCCCCUCGUUUCUCGCCCCCCUAUGCUUGGUUUCUCCCCCCCUGCCCUUUGCUUUCCCCUCGUUACGCUCCCUUCUCCCCAUCCCUGCUGCCCUCUUACCACCAUCAGCCCCCCCUGCCCGUUGCUGCCCCUCCCCUUGCCCCCUCAACUCCCCUGCCCCCCGUACACCCCACUCCCGUCCAACCGCCCCCACCCUCCCCCGGCUGCCCGUUUCCGCUCUCCACCCCCGCGACCGUGUGCGGCUUCCAACCGCCCAACGGUGUCACACCCCCUGCCCCCUCAUGCCAUCCGCUCCCCCCGCCCCUACCCUCCGCGUGCCCGCUCCCUCGCCGCCUCUUUUGACCCUCCCUGCCCCCCUCGCCGUUACCCACCGCUCGCCAUUCGCUCCUCCCCGCCCGUGCCCUCCCCUCGUUUACCUUCGCCUCCCCCCUCCCCUCCUCUGCUGCACGCCUCUUCCUUCCCCUCGCUAACCCACUCCACUCCCUGCCCCUCCUCAAUCCGCACCCUGCCCCUCGUUUCUCGCCCCCCUACGCUUGGUUUCUCCCCUCCCUGCCCCUCGCCGCCUUUCUCCGCUCCCCACCUCCCCCCUCUCCCUGCCCCCCCACUCUCCUCCACUUGCCCUUGGCUUCCCACCUCCCUGCCCCACCUUUCCCCCCUCCGUGUGCUCAGCUUCUCCCCUCCCUGCCUCUCCCUCCUCCCCGCCCUGCCCCUCAUUUUCCGCCCCCCCACGCCCGGUUUCUCCCCUCCCUGCACCUCCCUUUCUUUCUCCGUGCCUCUCCUUUGCUCCCUCCCUGCCCCCGCCUGCCCAUGCCCCUGUCUUUGGUUUCUCCCCUCCCUGCCCCACGUUUCUUCCCUCCCUGAGAUCACCUUGUACCCCCUCUGCCCCUCCCUUGUUCUCCCCGCACCCAUUGCUUCUCCCCUCCCUGCCCUUGAUUUCCCGCACCCCUGCCCUUGUUUCCUACCAUCCAUGCCCCUCGUUUCCCCUCUUUGUACGUUCACCCUCUUCCCUCCCUGCCCCUCCCUUCCUCCCCCCCUGCCCUUUGCUUUCCCCUCGUUACGCUCCCUUCUCCCCAUCCCUGCUGCCCUCUUACCACCAUCAGCCCGUCCCCACCACCAGCCCCCCUCCCACCCUUCUCCCCCCCCCCCCUCUCCCUCUCUCUCUCUCUCUCUCUCUCUUUCUCUCGCACACACACACACACACACACUCCCCUCCCCCACCCCCCCACCCACAUCCUCCCGUUCUGCCCCUCCCUGCCCCUGUUCCACCCCCUCGCACGCCCCUCACCUCUCACCUCCGUUCAACUGGAUUCCCCCCCUCUGCCCCUGCCCGUUGCUGCCCCUCCCCUUGCCCCCUCAACUCCCCUGCCCCCCGUACACCCCACUCCCGUCCAACCGCCCCCACCCUCCCCCGGCUGCCCGUUUCCGCUCUCCACCCCCGCGACCGUGUGCGGCUUCCAACCGCCCAACGGUGUCACACCCCCUGCCCCCUCAUGCCAUCCGCUCCCCCCGCCCCUACCCUCCGCGUGCCCGCUCCCUCGCCGCCUCUUUUGACCCUCCCUGCCCCCCUCGCCGUUACCCACCGCUCGCCAUUCGCUCCUCCCCGCCCGUGCCCUCCCCUCGUUUACCUUCGCCUCCCCCCUCCCCUCCUCUGCUGCACGCCUCUUCCUUCCCCUCGCUAACCCACUCCACUCCCUGCCCCUCCUCAAUCCGCACCCUGCCCCUCGUUUCUCGCCCCCCUACGCUUGGUUUCUCCCCUCCCUGCCCCUCGCCGCCUUUCUCCGCUCCCCACCUCCCCCCUCUCCCUGCCCCCCCACUCUCCUCCACUUGCCCUUGGCUUCCCACCUCCCUGCCCCACCUUUCCCCCCUCCGUGUGCUCAGCUUCUCCCCUCCCUGCCUCUCCCUCCUCCCCGCCCUGCCCCUCAUUUUCCGCCCCCCCACGCCCGGUUUCUCCCCUCCCUGCACCUCCCUUUCUUUCUCCGUGCCUCUCCUUUGCUCCCUCCCUGCCCCCGCCUGCCCAUGCCCCUGUCUUUGGUUUCUCCCCUCCCUGCCCCACGUUUCUUCCCUCCCUGAGAUCACCUUGUACCCCCUCUGCCCCUCCCUUGUUCUCCCCGCACCCAUUGCUUCUCCCCUCCCUGCCCUUGAUUUCCCGCACCCCUGCCCUUGUUUCCUACCAUCCAUGCCCCUCGUUUCCCCUCUUUGUACGUUCACCCUCUUCCCUCCCUGCCCCUCCCUUCCUCCCCCCCUGCCCUUUGCUUUCCCCUCGUUACGCUCCCUUCUCCCCAUCCCUGCUGCCCUCUUACCACCAUCAGCCCGUCCCCACCACCAGCCCCCCUCCCACCCUUCUCCCCCCCCCCCCUCUCCCUCUCUCUCUCUCUCUCUCUCUCUUUCUCUCGCACACACACACACACACACACUCCCCUCCCCCACCCCCCACCCACAUCCUCCCGUUCUGCCCCUCCCUGCCCCUGUUCCACCCCCUCGCACGCCCCUCACCUCUCACCUCCGUUCAACUGGAUUCCCCCCCUCUGGUGCAUCCCUUGCAUCGCUCGCCCCUCUGCUCACCCUCUGCCCGCCCCUUUUCCUUGCCCUCAGCUGGCCCAGCCCCUGCCCGUUGCUGCCCCUCCCCUUGCCCCCUCAACUCCCCUGCCCCCCGUACACCCCACUCCCGUCCAACCGCCCCCACCCUCCCCCGGCUGCCCGUUUCCGCUCUCCACCCCCGCGACCGUGUGCGGCUUCCAACCGCCCAACGGUGUCACACCCCCUGCCCCCUCAUGCCAUCCGCUCCCCCCGCCCCUACCCUCCGCGUGCCCGCUCCCUCGCCGCCUCUUUUGACCCUCCCUGCCCCCCUCGCCGUUACCCACCGCUCGCCAUUCGCUCCUCCCCGCCCGUGCCCUCCCCUCGUUUACCUUCGCCUCCCCCCUCCCCUCCUCUGCUGCACGCCUCUUCCUUCCCCUCGCUAACCCACUCCACUCCCUGCCCCUCCUCAAUCCGCACCCUGCCCCUCGUUUCUCGCCCCCCUACGCUUGGUUUCUCCCCUCCCUGCCCCUCGCCGCCUUUCUCCGCUCCCCACCUCCCCCCUCUCCCUGCCCCCCCACUCUCCUCCACUUGCCCUUGGCUUCCCACCUCCCUGCCCCACCUUUCCCCCCUCCGUGUGCUCAGCUUCUCCCCUCCCUGCCUCUCCCUCCUCCCCGCCCUGCCCCUCAUUUUCCGCCCCCCCACGCCCGGUUUCUCCCCUCCCUGCACCUCCCUUUCUUUCUCCGUGCCUCUCCUUUGCUCCCUCCCUGCCCCCGCCUGCCCAUGCCCCUGUCUUUGGUUUCUCCCCUCCCUGCCCCACGUUUCUUCCCUCCCUGAGAUCACCUUGUACCCCCUCUGCCCCUCCCUUGUUCUCCCCGCACCCAUUGCUUCUCCCCUCCCUGCCCUUGAUUUCCCGCACCCCUGCCCUUGUUUCCUACCAUCCAUGCCCCUCGUUUCCCCUCUUUGUACGUUCACCCUCUUCCCUCCCUGCCCCUCCCUUCCUCCCCCCCUGCCCUUUGCUUUCCCCUCGUUACGCUCCCUUCUCCCCAUCCCUGCUGCCCUCUUACCACCAUCAGCCCGUCCCCACCACCAGCCCCCCUCCCACCCUUCUCCCCCCCCCCCCUCUCCCUCUCUCUCUCUCUCUCUCUCUCUUUCUCUCGCACACACACACACACACACACUCCCCUCCCCCACCCCCCACCCACAUCCUCCCGUUCUGCCCCUCCCUGCCCCUGUUCCACCCCCUCGCACGCCCCUCACCUCUCACCUCCGUUCAACUGGAUUCCCCCCCUCUGGUGCAUCCCUUGCAUCGCUCGCCCCUCUGCUCACCCUCUGCCCGCCCCUUUUCCUUGCCCUCAGCUGGCCCAGCCCCUGCCCGUUGCUGCCCCUCCCCUUGCCCCCUCAACUCCCCUGCCCCCCGUACACCCCACUCCCGUCCAACCGCCCCCACCCUCCCCCGGCUGCCCGUUUCCGCUCUCCACCCCCGCGACCGUGUGCGGCUUCCAACCGCCCAACGGUGUCACACCCCCUGCCCCCUCAUGCCAUCCGCUCCCCCCGCCCCUACCCUCCGCGUGCCCGCUCCCUCGCCGCCUCUUUUGACCCUCCCUGCCCCCCUCGCCGUUACCCACCGCUCGCCAUUCGCUCCUCCCCGCCCGUGCCCUCCCCUCGUUUACCUUCGCCUCCCCCCUCCCCUCCUCUGCUGCACGCCUCUUCCUUCCCCUCGCUAACCCACUCCACUCCCUGCCCCUCCUCAAUCCGCACCCUGCCCCUCGUUUCUCGCCCCCCUACGCUUGGUUUCUCCCCUCCCUGCCCCUCGCCGCCUUUCUCCGCUCCCCACCUCCCCCCUCUCCCUGCCCCCCCACUCUCCUCCACUUGCCCUUGGCUUCCCACCUCCCUGCCCCACCUUUCCCCCCUCCGUGUGCUCAGCUUCUCCCCUCCCUGCCUCUCCCUCCUCCCCGCCCUGCCCCUCAUUUUCCGCCCCCCCACGCCCGGUUUCUCCCCUCCCUGCACCUCCCUUUCUUUCUCCGUGCCUCUCCUUUGCUCCCUCCCUGCCCCCGCCUGCCCAUGCCCCUGUCUUUGGUUUCUCCCCUCCCUGCCCCACGUUUCUUCCCUCCCUGAGAUCACCUUGUACCCCCUCUGCCCCUCCCUUGUUCUCCCCGCACCCAUUGCUUCUCCCCUCCCUGCCCUUGAUUUCCCGCACCCCUGCCCUUGUUUCCUACCAUCCAUGCCCCUCGUUUCCCCUCUUUGUACGUUCACCCUCUUCCCUCCCUGCCCCUCCCUUCCUCCCCCCCUGCCCUUUGCUUUCCCCUCGUUACGCUCCCUUCUCCCCAUCCCUGCUGCCCUCUUACCACCAUCAGCCCGUCCCCACCACCAGCCCCCCUCCCACCCUUCUCCCCCCCCCCCCUCUCCCUCUCUCUCUCUCUCUCUCUCUCUUUCUCUCGCACACACACACACACACACACUCCCCUCCCCCACCCCCCACCCACAUCCUCCCGUUCUGCCCCUCCCUGCCCCUGUUCCACCCCCUCGCACGCCCCUCACCUCUCACCUCCGUUCAACUGGAUUCCCCCCCUCUGGUGCAUCCCUUGCAUCGCUCGCCCCUCUGCUCACCCUCUGCCCGCCCCUUUUCCUUGCCCUCAGCUGGCCCAGCCCCUGCCCGUUGCUGCCCCUCCCCUUGCCCCCUCAACUCCCCUGCCCCCCGUACACCCCACUCCCGUCCAACCGCCCCCACCCUCCCCCGGCUGCCCGUUUCCGCUCUCCACCCCCGCGACCGUGUGCGGCUUCCAACCGCCCAACGGUGUCACACCCCCUGCCCCCUCAUGCCAUCCGCUCCCCCCGCCCCUACCCUCCGCGUGCCCGCUCCCUCGCCGCCUCUUUUGACCCUCCCUGCCCCCCUCGCCGUUACCCACCGCUCGCCAUUCGCUCCUCCCCGCCCGUGCCCUCCCCUCGUUUACCUUCGCCUCCCCCCUCCCCUCCUCUGCUGCACGCCUCUUCCUUCCCCUCGCUAACCCACUCCACUCCCUGCCCCUCCUCAAUCCGCACCCUGCCCCUCGUUUCUCGCCCCCCUAUGCUUGGUUUCUCCCCCCCUGCCCUUUGCUUUCCCCUCGUUACGCUCCCUUCUCCCCAUCCCUGCUGCCCUCUUACCACCAUCAGCCCCCCCUGCCCGUUGCUGCCCCUCCCCUUGCCCCCUCAACUCCCCUGCCCCCCGUACACCCCACUCCCGUCCAACCGCCCCCACCCUCCCCCGGCUGCCCGUUUCCGCUCUCCACCCCCGCGACCGUGUGCGGCUUCCAACCGCCCAACGGUGUCACACCCCCUGCCCCCUCAUGCCAUCCGCUCCCCCCGCCCCUACCCUCCGCGUGCCCGCUCCCUCGCCGCCUCUUUUGACCCUCCCUGCCCCCCUCGCCGUUACCCACCGCUCGCCAUUCGCUCCUCCCCGCCCGUGCCCUCCCCUCGUUUACCUUCGCCUCCCCCCUCCCCUCCUCUGCUGCACGCCUCUUCCUUCCCCUCGCUAACCCACUCCACUCCCUGCCCCUCCUCAAUCCGCACCCUGCCCCUCGUUUCUCGCCCCCCUACGCUUGGUUUCUCCCCUCCCUGCCCCUCGCCGCCUUUCUCCGCUCCCCACCUCCCCCCUCUCCCUGCCCCCCCACUCUCCUCCACUUGCCCUUGGCUUCCCACCUCCCUGCCCCACCUUUCCCCCCUCCGUGUGCUCAGCUUCUCCCCUCCCUGCCUCUCCCUCCUCCCCGCCCUGCCCCUCAUUUUCCGCCCCCCCACGCCCGGUUUCUCCCCUCCCUGCACCUCCCUUUCUUUCUCCGUGCCUCUCCUUUGCUCCCUCCCUGCCCCCGCCUGCCCAUGCCCCUGUCUUUGGUUUCUCCCCUCCCUGCCCCACGUUUCUUCCCUCCCUGAGAUCACCUUGUACCCCCUCUGCCCCUCCCUUGUUCUCCCCGCACCCAUUGCUUCUCCCCUCCCUGCCCUUGAUUUCCCGCACCCCUGCCCUUGUUUCCUACCAUCCAUGCCCCUCGUUUCCCCUCUUUGUACGUUCACCCUCUUCCCUCCCUGCCCCUCCCUUCCUCCCCCCCUGCCCUUUGCUUUCCCCUCGUUACGCUCCCUUCUCCCCAUCCCUGCUGCCCUCUUACCACCAUCAGCCCCCCCUGCCCGUUGCUGCCCCUCCCCUUGCCCCCUCAACUCCCCUGCCCCCCGUACACCCCACUCCCGUCCAACCGCCCCCACCCUCCCCCGGCUGCCCGUUUCCGCUCUCCACCCCCGCGACCGUGUGCGGCUUCCAACCGCCCAACGGUGCUUCUCCCCUCCCUGCCUCUCCCUCCUCCCCGCCCUGCCCCUCAUUUUCCGCCCCCCCACGCCCGGUUUCUCCCCUCCCUGCACCUCCCUUUCUUUCUCCGUGCCUCUCCUUUGCUCCCUCCCUGCCCCCGCCUGCCCAUGCCCCUGUCUUUGGUUUCUCCCCUCCCUGCCCCACGUUUCUUCCCUCCCUGAGAUCACCUUGUACCCCCUCUGCCCCUCCCUUGUUCUCCCCGCACCCAUUGCUUCUCCCCUCCCUGCCCUUGAUUUCCCGCACCCCUGCCCUUGUUUCCUACCAUCCAUGCCCCUCGUUUCCCCUCUUUGUACGUUCACCCUCUUCCCUCCCUGCCCCUCCCUUCCUCCCCCCCUGCCCUUUGCUUUCCCCUCGUUACGCUCCCUUCUCCCCAUCCCUGCUGCCCUCUUACCACCAUCAGCCCGUCCCCACCACCAGCCCCCCUCCCACCCUUCUCCCCCCCCCCCCUCUCCCUCUCUCUCUCUCUCUCUCUCUCUUUCUCUCGCACACACACACACACACACACUCCCCUCCCCCACCCCCCACCCACAUCCUCCCGUUCUGCCCCUCCCUGCCCCUGUUCCACCCCCUCGCACGCCCCUCACCUCUCACCUCCGUUCAACUGGAUUCCCCCCCUCUGGUGCAUCCCUUGCAUCGCUCGCCCCUCUGCUCACCCUCUGCCCGCCCCUUUUCCUUGCCCUCAGCUGGCCCAGCCCCUGCCCGUUGCUGCCCCUCCCCUUGCCCCCUCAACUCCCCUGCCCCCCGUACACCCCACUCCCGUCCAACCGCCCCCACCCUCCCCCGGCUGCCCGUUUCCGCUCUCCACCCCCGCGACCGUGUGCGGCUUCCAACCGCCCAACGGUGUCACACCCCCUGCCCCCUCAUGCCAUCCGCUCCCCCCGCCCCUACCCUCCGCGUGCCCGCUCCCUCGCCGCCUCUUUUGACCCUCCCUGCCCCCCUCGCCGUUACCCACCGCUCGCCAUUCGCUCCUCCCCGCCCGUGCCCUCCCCUCGUUUACCUUCGCCUCCCCCCUCCCCUCCUCUGCUGCACGCCUCUUCCUUCCCCUCGCUAACCCACUCCACUCCCUGCCCCUCCUCAAUCCGCACCCUGCCCCUCGUUUCUCGCCCCCCUACGCUUGGUUUCUCCCCUCCCUGCCCCUCGCCGCCUUUCUCCGCUCCCCACCUCCCCCCUCUCCCUGCCCCCCCACUCUCCUCCACUUGCCCUUGGCUUCCCACCUCCCUGCCCCACCUUUCCCCCCUCCGUGUGCUCAGCUUCUCCCCUCCCUGCCUCUCCCUCCUCCCCGCCCUGCCCCUCAUUUUCCGCCCCCCCACGCCCGGUUUCUCCCCUCCCUGCACCUCCCUUUCUUUCUCCGUGCCUCUCCUUUGCUCCCUCCCUGCCCCCGCCUGCCCAUGCCCCUGUCUUUGGUUUCUCCCCUCCCUGCCCCACGUUUCUUCCCUCCCUGAGAUCACCUUGUACCCCCUCUGCCCCUCCCUUGUUCUCCCCGCACCCAUUGCUUCUCCCCUCCCUGCCCUUGAUUUCCCGCACCCCUGCCCUUGUUUCCUACCAUCCAUGCCCCUCGUUUCCCCUCUUUGUACGUUCACCCUCUUCCCUCCCUGCCCCUCCCUUCCUCCCCCCCUGCCCUUUGCUUUCCCCUCCCCCUGCCCGUUGCUGCCCCUCCCCUUGCCCCCUCAACUCCCCUGCCCCCCGUACACCCCACUCCCGUCCAACCGCCCCCACCCUCCCCCGGCUGCCCGUUUCCGCUCUCCACCCCCGCGACCGUGUGCGGCUUCCAACCGCCCAACGGUGUCACACCCCCUGCCCCCUCAUGCCAUCCGCUCCCCCCGCCCCUACCCUCCGCGUGCCCGCUCCCUCGCCGCCUCUUUUGACCCUCCCUGCCCCCCUCGCCGUUACCCACCGCUCGCCAUUCGCUCCUCCCCGCCCGUGCCCUCCCCUCGUUUACCUUCGCCUCCCCCCUCCCCUCCUCUGCUGCACGCCUCUUCCUUCCCCUCGCUAACCCACUCCACUCCCUGCCCCUCCUCAAUCCGCACCCUGCCCCUCGUUUCUCGCCCCCCUAUGCUUGGUUUCUCCCCCCCUGCCCUUUGCUUUCCCCUCGUUACGCUCCCUUCUCCCCAUCCCUGCUGCCCUCUUACCACCAUCAGCCCCCCCUGCCCGUUGCUGCCCCUCCCCUUGCCCCCUCAACUCCCCUGCCCCCCGUACACCCCACUCCCGUCCAACCGCCCCCACCCUCCCCCGGCUGCCCGUUUCCGCUCUCCACCCCCGCGACCGUGUGCGGCUUCCAACCGCCCAACGGUGUCACACCCCCUGCCCCCUCAUGCCAUCCGCUCCCCCCGCCCCUACCCUCCGCGUGCCCGCUCCCUCGCCGCCUCUUUUGACCCUCCCUGCCCCCCUCGCCGUUACCCACCGCUCGCCAUUCGCUCCUCCCCGCCCGUGCCCUCCCCUCGUUUACCUUCGCCUCCCCCCUCCCCUCCUCUGCUGCACGCCUCUUCCUUCCCCUCGCUAACCCACUCCACUCCCUGCCCCUCCUCAAUCCGCACCCUGCCCCUCGUUUCUCGCCCCCCUACGCUUGGUUUCUCCCCUCCCUGCCCCUCGCCGCCUUUCUCCGCUCCCCACCUCCCCCCUCUCCCUGCCCCCCCACUCUCCUCCACUUGCCCUUGGCUUCCCACCUCCCUGCCCCACCUUUCCCCCCUCCGUGUGCUCAGCUUCUCCCCUCCCUGCCUCUCCCUCCUCCCCGCCCUGCCCCUCAUUUUCCGCCCCCCCACGCCCGGUUUCUCCCCUCCCUGCACCUCCCUUUCUUUCUCCGUGCCUCUCCUUUGCUCCCUCCCUGCCCCCGCCUGCCCAUGCCCCUGUCUUUGGUUUCUCCCCUCCCUGCCCCACGUUUCUUCCCUCCCUGAGAUCACCUUGUACCCCCUCUGCCCCUCCCUUGUUCUCCCCGCACCCAUUGCUUCUCCCCUCCCUGCCCUUGAUUUCCCGCACCCCUGCCCUUGUUUCCUACCAUCCAUGCCCCUCGUUUCCCCUCUUUGUACGUUCACCCUCUUCCCUCCCUGCCCCUCCCUUCCUCCCCCCCUGCCCUUUGCUUUCCCCUCGUUACGCUCCCUUCUCCCCAUCCCUGCUGCCCUCUUACCACCAUCAGCCCGUCCCCACCACCAGCCCCCCUCCCACCCUUCUCCCCCCCCCCCCUCUCCCUCUCUCUCUCUCUCUCUCUCUCUUUCUCUCGCACACACACACACACACACACUCCCCUCCCCCACCCCCCACCCACAUCCUCCCGUUCUGCCCCUCCCUGCCCCUGUUCCACCCCCUCGCACGCCCCUCACCUCUCACCUCCGUUCAACUGGAUUCCCCCCCUCUGGUGCAUCCCUUGCAUCGCUCGCCCCUCUGCUCACCCUCUGCCCGCCCCUUUUCCUUGCCCUCAGCUGGCCCAGCCCCUGCCCGUUGCUGCCCCUCCCCUUGCCCCCUCAACUCCCCUGCCCCCCGUACACCCCACUCCCGUCCAACCGCCCCCACCCUCCCCCGGCUGCCCGUUUCCGCUCUCCACCCCCGCGACCGUGUGCGGCUUCCAACCGCCCAACGGUGUCACACCCCCUGCCCCCUCAUGCCAUCCGCUCCCCCCGCCCCUACCCUCCGCGUGCCCGCUCCCUCGCCGCCUCUUUUGACCCUCCCUGCCCCCCUCGCCGUUACCCACCGCUCGCCAUUCGCUCCUCCCCGCCCGUGCCCUCCCCUCGUUUACCUUCGCCUCCCCCCUCCCCUCCUCUGCUGCACGCCUCUUCCUUCCCCUCGCUAACCCACUCCACUCCCUGCCCCUCCUCAAUCCGCACCCUGCCCCUCGUUUCUCGCCCCCCUACGCUUGGUUUCUCCCCUCCCUGCCCCUCGCCGCCUUUCUCCGCUCCCCACCUCCCCCCUCUCCCUGCCCCCCCACUCUCCUCCACUUGCCCUUGGCUUCCCACCUCCCUGCCCCACCUUUCCCCCCUCCGUGUGCUCAGCUUCUCCCCUCCCUGCCUCUCCCUCCUCCCCGCCCUGCCCCUCAUUUUCCGCCCCCCCACGCCCGGUUUCUCCCCUCCCUGCACCUCCCUUUCUUUCUCCGUGCCUCUCCUUUGCUCCCUCCCUGCCCCCGCCUGCCCAUGCCCCUGUCUUUGGUUUCUCCCCUCCCUGCCCCACGUUUCUUCCCUCCCUGAGAUCACCUUGUACCCCCUCUGCCCCUCCCUUGUUCUCCCCGCACCCAUUGCUUCUCCCCUCCCUGCCCUUGAUUUCCCGCACCCCUGCCCUUGUUUCCUACCAUCCAUGCCCCUCGUUUCCCCUCUUUGUACGUUCACCCUCUUCCCUCCCUGCCCCUCCCUUCCUCCCCCCCUGCCCUUUGCUUUCCCCUCGUUACGCUCCCUUCUCCCCAUCCCUGCUGCCCUCUUACCACCAUCAGCCCGUCCCCACCACCAGCCCCCCUCCCACCCUUCUCCCCCCCCCCCCUCUCCCUCUCUCUCUCUCUCUCUCUCUCUUUCUCUCGCACACACACACACACACACACUCCCCUCCCCCACCCCCCACCCACAUCCUCCCGUUCUGCCCCUCCCUGCCCCUGUUCCACCCCCUCGCACGCCCCUCACCUCUCACCUCCGUUCAACUGGAUUCCCCCCCUCUGGUGCAUCCCUUGCAUCGCUCGCCCCUCUGCUCACCCUCUGCCCGCCCCUUUUCCUUGCCCUCAGCUGGCCCAGCCCCUGCCCGUUGCUGCCCCUCCCCUUGCCCCCUCAACUCCCCUGCCCCCCGUACACCCCACUCCCGUCCAACCGCCCCCACCCUCCCCCGGCUGCCCGUUUCCGCUCUCCACCCCCGCGACCGUGUGCGGCUUCCAACCGCCCAACGGUGUCACACCCCCUGCCCCCUCAUGCCAUCCGCUCCCCCCGCCCCUACCCUCCGCGUGCCCGCUCCCUCGCCGCCUCUUUUGACCCUCCCUGCCCCCCUCGCCGUUACCCACCGCUCGCCAUUCGCUCCUCCCCGCCCGUGCCCUCCCCUCGUUUACCUUCGCCUCCCCCCUCCCCUCCUCUGCUGCACGCCUCUUCCUUCCCCUCGCUAACCCACUCCACUCCCUGCCCCUCCUCAAUCCGCACCCUGCCCCUCGUUUCUCGCCCCCCUAUGCUUGGUUUCUCCCCCCCUGCCCUUUGCUUUCCCCUCGUUACGCUCCCUUCUCCCCAUCCCUGCUGCCCUCUUACCACCAUCAGCCCGUCCCCACCACCAGCCCCCCUCCCACCCUUCUCCCCCCCCCCCCUCUCCCUCUCUCUCUCUCUCUCUCUAUCUCUCUCACUCUCUCUCUCUCUCUCUCUCUUUCUCUCGCACACACACACACACACACACACUCCCCUCCCCCACCCCCCACCCACAUCCUCCCGUUCUGCCCCUCCCUGCCCCUGUUCCACCCCCUCGCACGCCCCUCACCUCUCACCUCCGUUCAACUGGAUUCCCCCCCUCUGCCCCUGCCCGUUGCUGCCCCUCCCCUUGCCCCCUCAACUCCCCUGCCCCCCGUACACCCCACUCCCGUCCAACCGCCCCCACCCUCCCCCGGCUGCCCGUUUCCGCUCUCCACCCCCGCGACCGUGUGCGGCUUCCAACCGCCCAACGGUGUCACACCCCCUGCCCCCUCAUGCCAUCCGCUCCCCCCGCCCCUACCCUCCGCGUGCCCGCUCCCUCGCCGCCUCUUUUGACCCUCCCUGCCCCCCUCGCCGUUACCCACCGCUCGCCAUUCGCUCCUCCCCGCCCGUGCCCUCCCCUCGUUUACCUUCGCCUCCCCCCUCCCCUCCUCUGCUGCACGCCUCUUCCUUCCCCUCGCUAACCCACUCCACUCCCUGCCCCUCCUCAAUCCGCACCCUGCCCCUCGUUUCUCGCCCCCCUACGCUUGCUUCUCCCCUCCCUGCCUCUCCCUCCUCCCCGCCCUGCCCCUCAUUUUCCGCCCCCCCACGCCCGGUUUUCUCCCCUCCCUGCACCUCCCUUUCUUUCUCCGUGCCUCUCCUUUGCUCCCUCCCUGCCCCCGCCUGCCCAUGCCCCUGUCUUUGGUUUCUCCCCUCCCUGCCCCACGUUUCUUCCCUCCCUGAGAUCACCUUGUACCCCCUCUGCCCCUCCCUUGUUCUCCCCGCACCCAUUGCUUCUCCCCUCCCUGCCCUUGAUUUCCCGCACCCCUGCCCUUGUUUCCUACCAUCCAUGCCCCUCGUUUCCCCUCUUUGUACGUUCACCCUCUUCCCUCCCUGCCCCUCCCUUCCUCCCCCCCUGCCCUUUGCUUUCCCCUCGUUACGCUCCCUUCUCCCCAUCCCUGCUGCCCUCUUACCACCAUCAGCCCGUCCCCACCACCAGCCCCCCUCCCACCCUUCUCCCCCCCCCCCCUCUCCCUCUCUCUCUCUCUCUCUCUCUCUCUUUCUCUCGCACACACACACACACACACACUCCCCUCCCCCACCCCCCACCCACAUCCUCCCGUUCUGCCCCUCCCUGCCCCUGUUCCACCCCCUCGCACGCCCCUCACCUCUCACCUCCGUUCAACUGGAUUCCCCCCCUCUGCCCCUGCCCGUUGCUGCCCCUCCCCUUGCCCCCUCAACUCCCCUGCCCCCCGUACACCCCACUCCCGUCCAACCGCCCCCACCCUCCCCCGGCUGCCCGUUUCCGCUCUCCACCCCCGCGACCGUUCACACCCCCUGCCCCCUCAUGCCAUCCGCUCCCCCCGCCCCUACCCUCCGCGUGCCCGCUCCCUCGCCGCCUCUUUUGACCCUCCCUGCCCCCCUCGCCGUUACCCACCGCUCGCCAUUCGCUCCUCCCCCGCCCGUGCCCUCCCCUCGUUUACCUUCGCCUCCCCCCUCCCCUCCUCUGCUGCACGCCUCUUCCUUCCCCUCGCUAACCCACUCCACUCCCUGCCCCUCCUCAAUCCGCACCCUGCCCCUCGUUUCUCGCCCCCCUAUGCUUGGUUUCUCCCCCCCUGCCCUUUGCUUUCCCCUCGUUACGCUCCCUUCUCCCCAUCCCUGCUGCCCUCUUACCACCAUCAGCCCCCCCUGCCCGUUGCUGCCCCUCCCCUUGCCCCCUCAACUCCCCUGCCCCCCGUACACCCCACUCCCGUCCAACCGCCCCCACCCUCCCCCGGCUGCCCGUUUCCGCUCUCCACCCCCGCGACCGUGUGCGGCUUCCAACCGCCCAACGGUGUCACACCCCCUGCCCCCUCAUGCCAUCCGCUCCCCCCGCCCCUACCCUCCGCGUGCCCGCUCCCUCGCCGCCUCUUUUGACCCUCCCUGCCCCCCUCGCCGUUACCCACCGCUCGCCAUUCGCUCCUCCCCGCCCGUGCCCUCCCCUCGUUUACCUUCGCCUCCCCCCUCCCCUCCUCUGCUGCACGCCUCUUCCUUCCCCUCGCUAACCCACUCCACUCCCUGCCCCUCCUCAAUCCGCACCCUGCCCCUCCCCCUGCCCGUUGCUGCCCCUCCCCUUGCCCCCUCAACUCCCCUGCCCCCCGUACACCCCACUCCCGUCCAACCGCCCCCACCCUCCCCCCGGCUGCCCGUUUCCGCUCUCCACCCCCGCGACCGUUCACACCCCCUGCCCCCUCAUGCCAUCCGCUCCCCCCGCCCCUACCCUCCGCGUGCCCGCUCCCUCGCCGCCUCUUUUGACCCUCCCUGCCCCCCUCGCCGUUACCCACCGCUCGCCAUUCGCUCCUCCCCGCCCGUGCCCUCCCCUCGUUUACCUUCGCCUCCCCCCUCCCCUCCUCUGCUGCACGCCUCUUCCUUCCCCUCGCUAACCCCACUCCACUCCCUGCCCCUCCUCAAUCCGCACCCUGCCCCUCCUUCUCCCCUCCCUGCCUCUCCCUCCUCCCCGCCCUGCCCCUCAUUUUCCGCCCCCCCACGCCCGGUUUCUCCCCUCCCUGCACCUCCCUUUCUUUCUCCGUGCCUCUCCUUUGCUCCCUCCCUGCCCCCGCCUGCCCAUGCCCCUGUCUUUGGUUUCUCCCCUCCCUGCCCCACGUUUCUUCCCUCCCUGAGAUCACCUUGUACCCCCUCUGCCCCUCCCUUGUUCUCCCCGCACCCAUUGCUUCUCCCCUCCCUGCCCUUGAUUUCCCGCACCCCUGCCCUUGUUUCCUACCAUCCAUGCCCCUCGUUUCCCCUCUUUGUACGUUCACCCUCUUCCCUCCCUGCCCCUCCCUUCCUCCCCCCCUGCCCUUUGCUUUCCCCUCGUUACGCUCCCUUCUCCCCAUCCCUGCUGCCCUCUUACCACCAUCAGCCCGUCCCCACCACCAGCCCCCCUCCCACCCUUCUCCCCCCCCCCUCUCCCUCUCUCUCUCUCUCUCUCUCUCUCUCUCUCUCUCACACACACACACACACACACUCCCCUCCCCCCACCCCCCACCCACAUCCUCCCGUUCUGCCCCUCCCUGCCCCUGUUCCACCCCCUCGCACGCCCCUCACCUCUCACCUCCGUUCAACUGGAUUCCCCCCCUCUGGUGCAUCCCUUGCAUCGCUCGCCCCUCUGCUCACCCUCUGCCCGCCCCUUUUCCUUGCCCUCAGCUGGCCCAGCCCCUGCCCGUUGCUGCCCCUCCCCUUGCCCCCUCAACUCCCCUGCCCCCCGUACAACCCCACUCCCGUCCAACCGCCCCCCACCCUCCCCCGGCUGCCCGUUUCCGCUCUCCACCCCCGCGACCGUGUGCGGCUUCCAACCGCCCAACGGUGCCCCUACCCUCCGCGUGCCCGCUCCCUCGCCGCCUCUUUUGACCCUCCCUGCCCCCCUCGCCGUUACCCCACCGCUCGCCAUUCGCUCCUCCCCGCCGUGCCCUCCCUCGUUUACCUUCGCCUCCCCCCUCCCCUCCUCUGCUGCACGCCAUCUUCCUUCCCCUCGCUAACCCACUCCACUCCUGCCCCUCCUCAAUCCGCACCCUGCCCUCGUUUCUCGCCCCCCUACGCUUGGUUUCUCCCCUCCCUGCCCCUCGCCGCCUUUCUCCGCUCCCCACCUCCCCCCUCUCCCUGCCCCCCACUCUCCUCCACUUGCCCUUGGCUUCCCACCUCCCUGCCCCACCUUUCCCCCCUCCGUGUGCUCAGCUUCUCCCCUCCAUGCCUCUCCUCCUCCCCGCCCUGCCCCUCAUUUUCCGCCCCCCCACGCCCGGUUUCUCCCUCCCUGCACCUCCCUUUCUUUCUCCGUGCAUCUCCUUUGCUCCCUCCCUGCCCCCCGGCCUGCCCAUGCCCCUGUCUUUUGGUUUCUCCCCUCCCUGCCCCACCCCCUGCCCGUUGCUGCCCCUCCCCUUGCCCCCUCAACUCCCCUGCCCCCCGUACACCCCACUCCCGUCCAACCGCCCCCACCCUCCCCCGGCUGCCCGUUUCCGCUCUCCACCCCCGCGACCGUGUGCGGCUUCCAACCGCCCAACGGUGUCACACCCCCUGCCCCCUCAUGCCAUCCGCUCCCCCCGCCCCUACCCUCCGCGUGCCCGCUCCCUCGCCGCCUCUUUUGACCCUCCCUGCCCCCUCGCCGUUACCCACCGCUCGCCAUUCGCUCCUCCCCGCCCGUGCCCUCCCCUCGUUUACCUUCGCCUCCCCCCUCCCCUCCUCUGCUGCACGCCUCUUCCUUCCCCUCGCUAACCCACUCCACUCCCUGCCCCUCCUCAAUCCGCACCCUGCCCCUCGUUUCUCGCCCCCCUAUGCUUGGUUUCUCCCCCCUGCCCUUUGCUUUCCCUCGUUACGCUCCCUUCUCCCCAUCCCUGCUGCCCUCUUACCACCAUCAGCCCCCCCUGCCCGUUGCUGCCCCUCCCCUUGCCCCCUCAACUCCCCUGCCCCCCGUACACCCCACUCCCGUCCAACCGCCCCCACCCUCCCCCGGCUGCCCGUUUCCGCUCUCCACCCCCGCGACCGUGUGCGGCUUCCAACCGCCCAACGGUG